CCACUUUCCGACAGCUACCGGCUUGGAUUUUUUUCCAUCAAAAUGAAUAUAUUUCUACUUUUUACGCUUAUUUUACUGUUAAAUACAGCUACUGUGCAAGCUGAUGGUGUUCUAGGUUGUGGAGGAUUUGUCAAGUCAGACGUUGACAUAAACUUUUCCCUAGUAGAGGUGAAAUUGUAUACUCCACAUUGGAGCAUCAAAUACCAGACAGACUGUGCUCCCAACACUGGCUACUACCUGAUACCUCUAUAUGACAAGGGGGAUUUUAUCCUCAAAGUUGAACCACCACAGGGAUGGACAUUUGAGCCUGAGAGUGUGGAGCUGCAUGUUGAUGGGGAAAAGGACAAAUGUAGCCUGGGAGAAGAUAUCAACUUUGUCUUUACAGGAUUUUCUCUGGUUGGCAAGGUGAUCAGUAAAGGACAGGUAUCAGGUCCUGCUGGAGUGACAGUCAGUCUGUACAAGUCUGGAUCGAAAGAUGUUCUACAGUCAGUGACUACAGCUGAGGAUGGCAGCUACCAGUUCAAGAAGAUAAUGCCAGGAAAAUACGACAUCAAAGCAACACAGGAUCAGUUUAGGUUUGAAAAGUCGGAGAUAAGUAUUGAUGUGACAUCAGAUAAUGCUGAUGCUGGCAGUAGUUUGGUUAUAGCCGGCUAUGGUGUAUCGGGCAAAGUGUUCAGUGAGGGAGAACCAGUUAUGGGUGUGAACUUUCUGCUGUAUUCUUCAAUAGUCAACCAAAAAGAUGUAUUGGACUGUGAUAAAUCAGCUGUAGCAGGUAUAGGGAAGACAGAGAAGUUAGACCCCCUAUGUCAUGUCAAGUCAGACAGCACUGGAAAGUUUACUUUCCCGUGCCUGGCAACAGGAGAUUACUUUCUGGUACCCUUUUACAAAGGAGAGCAUAUAACAUUUGAUGUAAAACCAGAGAAACUACCAUUUCAAGUUUCCCAUGGACCACUGAAUCUGGAGACAACAUUCCAAGUAGCUGGUUUCUCAGUCAGUGGACGUGUCCUUGAUUCAGUCAAGGGUUCAGGGAUCAGUAAAGCUGAAGUUCUACUCAAUGGUAAACCAGUGACUUCUACCGGACCAGAUGGAGUAUAUCAUCUAGAGAAUAUGAAAACAAACAUGUAUAAACUGCACGUGAAAGUUGACAAUAUCUUCUUUGAUGAACAGGAGAUAAGAAUCACUCCAAACACUCCCCAGUUACCUGAUAUCGUCCCAACAAGCUUCAAUAUCUGUGGCCGAGUGACUAUUGACAAGUUUCCAGACAGUCUGUCUCAGCAGAUCACAAAAAGGAAGUUGAUUAUUUUCCCAGAAGGCAAAGGGUCAGCUGCUGUAUCCAAGGAGACGAAUGAGGAAGGGAAAUUCUGUACCGCUGUUAAACCAGGAAAAUACAUUGUUAGAGUUCACCUAUCAGAUGCAGAAACUAAGGCAGGUUUAACAAUAGCGCCUGUAGAACAGUUGGUCACAGUGGCAAGCAAACCCGUCCUGGAUGUAACAUUCUCUCAGUUCCGAGCUAAGGUUACAGGUACCAUCACGUGUAUGGAAAAGUGUGGGCCGAUGGAAGUUUCCCUAGAUGCUGUAGGAAGAAUGGAUAAACAAAUAACCCAGACACAGACUUCUCAGAAUACAGCAUCAUUCACCUUUGAUAAUGUUUUACCUGGAAAAUACAAAGCUACUAUCAUGAGAGACAGUUUAUGUUGGAAAGCAAAGACGAUAGACUUUGAAGUGGGAAGUUCUAAUGUUGACAAUCUACAGUUCUUGCAGACAGGAUAUAUUCUGAAAUGUACCAUAUCUCACCCCAUAACCCUGAAUUUUGCACAAGAGAAGAAGGAAGGCAGUGUUGGAUCAUUUGAGCUGAACAAGGGCAAGAACCGGUUCUGUCUAGCGCAGCCUGGUAUAUAUCAACUGACGCCAGACUCCUGUCACAAGUUUGAGAAAGAUGUUUACACUUAUGACACGGGGUCAAGUUGCUUUAUGUUAGGAAUAUGUCCAGGUGUCUUGCAGGAAGUCAGUGAAUUGUGUACUCAUAUUCCUGUUCCUGUAAUAAUUCCAUUGACACCUGGAUUUAAGGAGAGUCUUAACAGUCCAUUGACACCGUUCAAUCCAGCCAAAAAGCCCGAUUCAGGAAUUCUAAAGUCUCCUGCUUCAGCAACGACGGGUCAUGGCUCAAGUAUGAUAGCAGCUAAAUAUAGUAACAGUACAUCAGAAACUCCAGUUAUAAGACAGGCCACUGCUAAGGUUGUUGCUAAGAAGAAAAGCAUGGCUACUCCAGUGGUUUCUAUUGGUUUCCAGAGGAAGAAAGCCACACCCAUUACAAGAAAGCGAGCUGCAGACUUUUUCUUGUGA